CCUGUCCUGCCCCGGGCCUGCCCUGCCCGCGGCCUUCGCGGCGGCCAUGGAGCUGGACGUGCCCGAGGAGGCGGAAGGCUCGGCCGUGGCGGGUGCCGGUGCCAUCACCCCGGAGGCCGGCGUGGGGGGACUGGACGCGGCAGGAGGUCUGGCACUGAAGAAGGCAGCCAUCACCGAGGGACCAUCGCUACCGGGGCAGCCUGGCCAAGGAAAGAAGAUAGGUCAUCGAGGCGUUGAUGCUUCUGGUGAAACCACCUACAAAAAGACCACCUCAUCCACUCUGAAGGGGGCCAUCCAGCUAGGGAUUGGAUAUACUGUCGGCAAUCUGAGCUCCAAGCCAGAGAGAGAUGUCCUGAUGCAGGAUUUCUACGUGGUGGAGAGCAUUUUUUUCCCAAGCGAAGGAAGUAAUCUCACCCCGGCUCACCAUUAUGCUGACUUCAGAUUCAAGACCUAUGCACCAGUGGCUUUUCGGUACUUCCGAGAACUCUUUGGGAUUCGUCCAGACGAUUAUUUGUAUUCAUUAUGUAACGAGCCUCUGAUAGAGCUGUCGAACCCUGGUGCCAGCGGCUCCCUCUUCUAUGUCACCAGCGACGACGAAUUCAUCAUAAAAACUGUGAUGCACAAGGAAGCUGAAUUCCUACAGAAGCUCCUUCCUGGCUACUACAUGAAUCUGAACCAGAACCCACGGACGCUGCUGCCGAAGUUUUAUGGACUGUACUGUGUGCAAUCAGGGGGCAAAAACAUCCGCGUGGUCGUGAUGAACAACAUUCUGCCUCGCGUGGUGAAAAUGCACCUGAAAUUUGACCUGAAAGGCUCAACCUAUAAACGCCGGGCAUCCAAGAAGGAAAAAGAAAAGUCCAGCCCUACGUACAAGGAUCUAGACUUCAUACAAGACAUGCCCGAGGGCCUGAUGUUGGAUGCAGACACCUUCAGUGCAUUGGUGAAAACGUUGCAACGAGACUGUCUGGUGUUGGAAAGUUUUAAAAUCAUGGACUACAGCCUCCUGCUUGGGGUUCAUAACAUAGACCAGCAAGAACGGGAGCGGCAGUCUGAGGGAGCCCACAGCACGUCGGAUGAGAAGCGUCCCGUGGGGCAGAAGGCACUUUACUCCACGGCCAUGGAGUCCAUCCAGGGUGGGGCUGCCCGGGGGGAGUCCAUAGACACAGACGACACGAUGGGAGGAAUCCCAGCAGUGAAUGGCAAAGGAGAGCGUCUCCUGCUACAUGUAGGAAUAAUAGAUAUCCUUCAAUCAUACAGGUUCAUCAAGAAGCUAGAACAUACCUGGAAGGCCCUUGUCCAUGACGGGGACACGGUGUCAGUACACAGACCCAGCUUUUAUGCAGAGAGAUUCUUCAAAUUCAUGACCAACACGGUGUUUCGAAAGAAUUCCUCUCUGAAGUCAUCUCCCUCAAAGAAAGGGCGUAGUGCCUUGCUAGCUGUCAAGACGGCUGGUCCGACAGCUGCCUUUUCAGCUAGCCAGCUCCCCUCUGAAAAGGACGAAACACAGUAUGAUCUUCGUGCGGCCAGGAGUUACCCAACACUUGACGAUGAAGGCAGGCCAGACCUGCUACCCUGCACACCUCCUUCCUUUGAAGAAGCUACCACGGCCUCCAUAGCCACGACACUAUCUUCAACAUCUCUCUCUGUUCCCGAGCGAUCUCCUUCAGAGACCUCUGAGCAGCCCAGGAGGCGCACACACUCCUCAGGGCAGGAUGGCAGGUCACACGAGGAGGUGCGAGUUGAGGAGGAGCUUCAGCAGAUCAGUGUCGAGCUGGAACCCAAGUGUGACGUUGAGAUCGUAGCUCCCGAAGAAGAUGACAAAGAAGAGGCGGCUUCUUCAGCCUGUGCCAUUGUAACAUCCACAGCUACAAUAGAGGUGGAGACAGCCAGCCAGGCCUCCGAACCAGCCAGCCAGGCCUCGGAUGAAGAUGACGUGCCAGUCACAGACAUAUACUUUUAAUCUCUAUGCAGACACAGAAGCCCCAGAGAGCAGCGAUUCCCUCUGCAGGUCGAUGUGUUCCCUUUUCGUUGAUGCAGCCGUUCCAGUGGGAUGGGGAAGAGCUUGCUGACACCAGUAUUGCUGCACUGCAGGAUCCCGGGCACUGCAUUUCAGAACGGAGCAAAACUAUAACCGUGUAUUUCUACUUAUCCCAGACGUGGGCAGCAAAGAAACCACCCGUUCACCCGCAGCUCCCUACGGAGUCAUCCAGCAGGGUGUAGAGAAUCCUGGGUAGUAACACAGUGUUUUCCAGACGUGCACUACCGUAGCUACCUAUCCAUGUGUGAUACUGUGAACCUUUUUAAUUUUUUAAUCAUAUAUUUAUUUCUUUUAUCUUUGCACAGAGACAGCACAAAUGUGCUUUUUUAAACAUUUAGUUUACUGCACUUUUUUUUUUUUGUUGUUGUCAUAUAUUUGUGCAUCAGAAAGGAGUGUGAGACCUCACUGGAGAAUUGGUAGGAGCACGUUGCUGGGGAGGGCAGGGACCGGAGUGGCUUCAUUUGAGGCAGCAGCGUGGUCUAACCAACUGAUGGAGUCAGGAGGUUUAAGGCUGUCCAGACUCUGCCACGGUUUUGCCGAGUGACCUAAGGCAAGUCACUUAACCACUCUGUGCCUCGGUUCCCCUCUGCUAAUGGGUGUACAGUACCCACUUCCGUUAAAGCACUUAAACCCUGGGAUGAAAGGUGCUAUGUAAAUGCAAUGUAUUAAAGGCCAUUGAAUAGAAUUGCUCCCAUGUUACACUAGUCCAAAGUAGCCAUGCCAAUUUACUUGGAUUCAAAAAUCGCUAGUGACUUCUCUUGAUCUGUAACACUGUGCGGGGGAAGCAAACAAUUCCUGGCGACAGUGACGUGGUCACCUCGACUCUCCUCCAGACAUCGCGAUGGGUUCUGCCUUCACCAUGUGCUGCGCUGCUGCGUCACCCCGUCCCUCUGUGCUUGGAGUCCAUGCUUCGUCUUACCGGCUGCCGCACCGCCGCCUGUUCCAGACACACAGGCACGGACAGAUGAGAACUGUGCACCUCCAGGGACCAGCCGCGCUGGAGUGCGAGUUCCCCGGUCUGCCCGGCCCCCACGUGUGGCUUGUCCGGACACUGCAUCCUCCUGGAGCCACUUAGCACCUCGCAUGCUCACGGGUGUAUCUGCCCGCCCCGUACUCGGGGGUCACAAACAUUGGGUUCACACGUAUCCUCCGUAUCUCAGGGCAGUCAGGGAGGCGCGUGCAUGUCCGCACACACUGGAGGCAGAAACAGAAGCCUGGCUCUGCCACCUAAUUGUGCCGGGCGGUGUUGUGUUCACGGACUCUGUUGGACAAAAAGUUGGGUGACUGGGAUGUUGCCUGUGGUAACAUCUGCUAUUGGAAGUCACUGCUUCCGAUGUCUGAGUUUGCUUUUCAAGGGCUGCAGGCUUCAGGCGAGAGGAUUUGGUGUCACUGGGUAGUGUUCAGACUAGGCUCAUCCAUCUGUCAGCAAGACACAGACCACAAUGUUGUCUUGAACUCUAGAAAUCCCAUCCUCAUCUCCCAGAGAGAAGAAAGGAAAUUCUUUAGACCAGAGGGAGCCAGGUCUUAUUCAUGUGCUUUACGAGCCUCACUUGAGAAAGAGGGUCAAAAUCUCUUUGUUCUCAUUAUAGUCUUCAGACUGUCCUUGGAAUUCCUUGUGGGGAGGGGAGUGGGGAAGCAGGACCCUUCUCUCGGGGCUCAGUCCCCCCAGUCUGUCUUCACAGCAGCACUCAGGAUGGGUUAAUUCAGGUCCCAGAAGGUAACUGGGCUGGUGGGAAGCUCUUCCCCUCUGCAAUGUGCUGAACUCGGUGAGGAUCUUCAUGAGUUGACGUUUUCUUGCCUAGAAGUAUGGGACCCAGACUUCCCCUCCUUGCCUGCAGAUGCUGAAGGCUGUAAGGUGUGCUUCUCGUGAGAGCACAGGCUGGGGAUCGUGCAAGCUGCUGCCAUUAGAUGUAUUCAUGUAUCUACCAAAUAAUCUAUCAAAAGUCUUUCAAGAAACUCUCCCCUUUCAGUCGCUACUUGAGAGCUCGUUCACCCAGGUAGUACCAUUGCUCCACGACAGCCCCUGCGGUGGGGCUGGGAGACGGCUCCUAACCCACCCCGUCUGCUUGUGCCAGUCCCGCCCGGGCUCCGCAGGCUGCGUGGGCAGUGCUACGGGGGGGCUCGGUAGUUCGGUGGAGGGGAGACGGGAGGAGUGCAAUACCUACAGACUAACCUGCCUCUGGGCUGAAAGCAAGAGGCUUCAAAAUGCUAAAAAUUCAGCCUUUGUGUUUUCUCCUCCAGAAGCGUGAUACCACGCGUAGAGAGGCCAGAGGGAGCCGCAUCUCUUCUGCAUCUUCAGAUGUUCCUCUUGGGUGCUGCGCUGGAGGAACAUAGCUCUGGGGAGGAACCCGGGAGGUUGGGCUCGGGCUGUCUGACCCGAGGCCCAGCUGCCCUGGUACCACCUUGUUCCUGGGCUGGUGGGUUUAGCCUCGUCGGGACUUUCCAGCCAACUGAAAUCAAGCAUCUUGUUUAAGAUGGUUUAAGCAUCAUUGAUGGAGACUUUAUUCCUUCCCCUUG